UUGUAUUUUUAGUACAGACGGGGUUUCACCAUGUUGGCCAGCCUGGACGCGAACUUCUGACCUCAGGUGAUCCACCCCCCCGUCGGCCUCUCAAAGUGCUGGGAUUACAGGCGUGAGCCACCGCGCCCAGCCCAGUAGAGAUUUUUUUAAAGACUGCGGUAGGUCGAUAAAGGAGCCAUUGUGGCCUAGGAGCUUCGAGGUCUAUAGACUGAACCCAGUUAGGGUAGGGCCCCUUUCCAAAUCCAGAAAUGGUAUCUAUUAAUAGAAGGGCUCCCUCCGGGUCCCAGGGGGAUGGACUACGGUUUUAGCGCCGGAACUUACAAGCCGAAGUUCUGCUGCUUGUGACUGCCUGCCGGAGAGACUGACAUGGUGGCGACCAGCUGGGGAGUGGUCCACCACCCCUUUUUUGGCCGCCUCUGAAGUCCCUGUACCCCCAAGCUCCUGCGUUAGCGGCUCGGGCCGAGGCUCCGGAAUGUUUGCCGGGCGUCAUGGCGACGGUGGAGCCCUGGCUCAACAAGCGGCCGCGCGGUUGGCUGGCUGCACGAGGCCGAGGAGGAGGGCGGAGGCGGAGGGGAGGGCAGAGGGUUGGUGGAGCUGGAGGAAGCUCCGGACGACGACUGGAAGGAGGAGGCGGGCGGCCCGGGCCUCAGGCCCCUCCCAGGCUCUGAGUCUCCCGGCUGCAGGCGGAUGGAUGGGGCUUCUUCAGGCGGUGGCGGCAGCAGCGAAGGUGGCGGCGGCAGCAGCGGCAGCGGCUAUGGUGUGGUCGCUCGAUUCUCCCAGUGCCUGGCUGAGUUUCGGACGUGGUUAAGAACCAACUGGUUGAGGUUCAAUGCAGACAAGACGGAUGUGAUGCUGAAAAUGUGCAUCAGAUGUUUAUGUUUAAUUGGUUUACAGACUGUCUGUGGACUCUUUUCCUGUCAAAUUACCAGCCAUCUGUUGAAUCUUCAAGUCCAGAAAUGGAUGAAAUGUUUGACUGCCCAUGAAAGUACAGGAGGUUCAGCAACAUCAGAUGACCAUGAAUUUGAUCCAUCAGCUGACAUGCUGGUUCAUGAUUUUGAUGAUGAACGAACAUUAGAAGAGGAAGAGAUGAUGGAAGGAGAAACAAACUUCAGCUCUGAAAUAGAAGAUCUUGCAAGGGAAGGCGACAUGCCAAUUCAUGAACUUCUCAGCCUUUAUGGCUAUGGUAGUACUGUUCGACUACCUGAAGAAGAUGAGGAAGAGGAGGAAGAGGAAGAAGAAGGUGAAGAUGAUGAAGAUGCUGAUAAUGAUGACAACAGUGGCUGUAGUGGGGAAAAUAAAGAGGAGAAUAUAAAGGAUUCAUCAGGUCAGGAGGAUGAAACUCAGUCUUCCAAUGAUGAUCCAUCACAAUCUGUUGCUUCUCAAGAUGCCCAGGAAAUAAUCCGCCCACGUCGAUGUAAAUAUUUUGAUACAAAUAGUGAAGUAGAAGAAGAAUCUGAAGAAGAUGAAGAUUAUAUUCCAUCAGAAGACUGGAAAAAGGAGAUUAUGGUGGGCUCCAUGUUUCAAGCAGAAAUUCCCGUUGGCAUUUGUAGAUACAAAGAAAAUGAAAAAGUAUAUGAAAAUGAUGAUCAGCUCCUGUGGGACCCUGAGUACUUACCAGAAGAUAAAGUGAUUAUAUUUCUUAAAGAUGCGUCUAGAAGAACAGGUGAUGAGAAGGGUGUAGAAGCAAUUCCUGAAGGAUCUCACAUAAAAGACAAUGAACAGGCUUUAUAUGAAUUGGUUAAAUGCAAUUUUGAUACAGAAGAAGCAUUGAGAAGAUUAAGAUUUAAUGUAAAAGCAGCUAGAGAGGAAUUAUCUGUUUGGACAGAGGAAGAGUGUAGAAAUUUUGAACAAGGGUUGAAGGCCUAUGGAAAGGAUUUUCAUUUGAUUCAGGCUAAUAAAGUCCGAACAAGGUCAGUUGGUGAAUGUGUAGCAUUCUAUUACAUGUGGAAAAAAUCUGAACGUUAUGAUUUCUUUGCUCAGCAAACACGAUUUGGAAAAAAGAAAUAUAAUCUUCAUCCUGGUGUAACGGAUUACAUGGAUCGUCUUCUAGAUGAAAGUGAAAGUGCUGCAUCUAGUCGAGCACCAUCCCCUCCCCCAACUGCAUCAAAUAGUAGUAACAGCCAGUCUGAGAAAGAAGAUGGCACUAUAAGCACUACUAAUCAAAAUGGAGUGUCAUCUAAUGGACCAGGUGAAAUAUUAAACAAAGAGGAAGUAAAAGUUGAAGGGUUACACAUUAAUGGACCAACAGGUGGAAAUAAGAAACCACUUCAUGCAGAUAUGGAUACUAAUGGUUAUGAAACAGAUAACCUUACCACUGACCCAAAACUUGCCCAUAUUACUGCAAGAAAUGAAAAUGAUUUUGAUGAAAAAAGUGAGAGACCUGCCAAAAGGCGAAGGGUGAACAGCAAUGGAAAAGAAAGUCCAGGUUCUUCUGAAUUUUUCCAAGAAGCAGUCUCACAUGGGAAAUUUGAAGAACUUGAAAACACAGAUGACUAAAUUUUAGACCUAUUUUACUUUCUUUGGAGUAAAUUCUGGUGUGACUAAAAUUUUCAGGGUUGAUGGGUUACCUUAAAAAGUUGAUUUCCUUGGUGCAGUUUGAAAAUUUGAAUUGAGUCUUAACUUUAGGAAAUGAGGUUUCGUAAUUCUGCCUUUUGCAGAUUUUUGUACUUUAAAGCUGUCAGACUCUUUUAAGGGUAUUUUAAAAAUUAGUAAAUUUGAAUGAACUAAAGAUAUAUCUCUACCUUCUCAUUUGAGUAUCUUUAGUUCAUUCAAAUUUACUAAUUUUGGUAAAUUUGAAUGAACUAAAGAUAUAUCUGUACCUUCUCAUUUGAUGUAUUAAUCAUAAAAUUUCACUACAAGGUAAUUUUUGCUUAGUUUGAUGGAUGAAUGGGAAAAAACUCAUGUCCAAAUUUCUGCUUAAUACCAAUUUCUCUGAGUUUCUUGAAAUGUCUUUAAAACAGACAUUUUUCUCACCAAACAAUUUGAGUAUCUUUAUUAAGGAAACCCUUAUGAAUCCUGAAAAUUAUGCUAGCAUGAUUUUUUUAUAUAUAGAAGUUUAAAAUAAACCAGGUCAGGUUUGUAUAUGUAAAAUUGUUGACAUCAAUGAUGUCUUUCCAUAUUCUUAUCUGGGCUUAAGAAAUACAUUCUGUAUUUUUCCAGAUUCUUUGUAGCCUUUGAAAGAUUUUUACAGUACAUAUGUCUUGACUGAGCUGUCCUUUCUUAAUACAAAAGCUUGUAUAAUUUUCUUAACUUGUACAGUUGGUAAACUUUUAUGAGAGGAAUUGUUAUUCUGAGUCUGUCAGCUUUCAUUUUAUUUUGCUAAGGUUUUUCUAAUGAAUUUUUAAGUGUUUGUGUAGUAAUUAAGUCAUAUUUCUUAUCCAGGUGGUAAAAGGAUUAUAAAUUUUUUUUUUUUUUUUUUUUUUUUUUUUUUUUUUCAGAUUUCUACUUAAGGGCAAGUAAUUUGAGAAUUCAGAAAUUAAGCGUGAUGCUUAGAUUGCAGUUUGUUUUGCAUUUGCUAUAAUUUUCAAAAUUAUUUUUGAAGCAAGGCAAAAGUUUAAUGUCAGCUUAAGUGCUUAAAUAUAUCAUGCUGACCAGAAUCCUGUUAUUUUUAUAUGCAUCAUAAAAUUUCCCAUUUCUGCAUUAAAUAAACAGAGGAGGGGGUCAAGUGAUACUUAGAUAUUGGCACACAGGGAACAACUGUUGGCAGGCAGUAUCAAUUUUAUGAAGAGAAAGUGAAGUUUGAAAACUUUUCAAACUUUUCUAGUUACAAUCCAGUUUUUCAGAUUUGAUGAUGCUUUUCCAAAGUGAAAAUAAGAUACACAAUAAUCAUUGCUCUGUGUGAUUACAGAUAGGAUUAUCCAUCUGCAUAGCCUUGUAAGAGUGCCAUUUUAUUUUUAGUGCUAAAUUCUUGGUAAAUAAUGUAGUUUUAUAUAGCUGAUAGACCAACCUAUAUCCAAACUUUUAUAAAAUAUUAAUUAUUCUUGUUUUUCUCACACAGGCAUACUUCAAAUGCUUCUUCCAGUUCAUUUUUCAGCCAUCAGUUCAAGAGCCAAUGCCUUUUUAAAAUAAAGCUUCUGUGGUCUUGUUUUUAAUGGCUCAACUGUCUGAUGCAAUUGAGUGAAGGUUUGCACUGAGAAAUUAUUGUUUAGGCCUUACCCCCAUGAAGUAUUACUGUUAACAUACAUUCAGACUGCUUCCCUUCACCAAUGUGAACAACUUUUUUUCCCAAACAGUGUUAAAAGCCACUUUGCAACACUUGACUUCAUCUUAAUGUACAUUCACUGUUGUUACAUACAUAUCUAAGUAAAUCAAAGUUUUGGGUGGAAGUGUUGAGAAGUAUGAGUUUUUUGUUGUUUUUGUUUUGUUUUACUUAAAACUUUAAUUUAUCCAGAAUGGCAGUAGCUUUAGCAAGCAGAUGGUCACAAUCUGUUUUCUAAAUCAUUUUUUAUUAAAUGAAUCCAAAGUAUCCUAGCUCUUUGUCAAAGAUGGUCUAUAGAAAUGUUUUUAAAGAUUAGGGAUGCUGUACUUUUUGAAUUAUUGCAGUGUUGGAGAUGCCAUUUUCACCUUUUUAAAAAGAUGCAUUUUAUUUGCAGGUUUGUGAAGUUCUCGCAAACUCUUACUACAGAAACGUUUUAAGUAAAUUCUCAGGCAUGUUUGAAAAAAUAUGGCACAUGUAUACAUUUUAGGAAAUGUUACUUUUGUUAAUCUUUAAAAAAUACACCUAAUGAAAGACAUUCCACUAUUAUGUGUAAUGCUCAGCUUUUUGUAAAGAAAUAUUUAAUUGUAUUUUGUGUUUAUACAGGUAUUUCACACAAUAAUUUGUUCUUAAUGCAGCCACUAUAACUUGAUAAGUCAUUGCACUAUUUAAAAAGUUUUAGUAAUAUCAUGAAUUUAAUUUGCUUAAGAUUUAGUACAUUUUAGAACUUUUGAACUUUUGACAAAUUGCAUUGGGAAAAGAAGUCUGUUAAUAGUGAUUUAGUCUCCCCGCCUCAUUCCCACCCCCAGCAAAGCACUAUCAUUUUCAUUUGGAAUGGGUAUUUUCUAUUUCAUGAUGUAUUUUUAAAUAGAGUUCAGGAUCUGCAAUUCAGUUCAACACAAGUUUGUUGAGCUUUCAAAUGUAUUUGAAGUAAUAUUUAAAUAGGCAUUUAAAAUUUCAAAUUAGAUGUUAAAUUUAUGCAUAGUAAUUUUGCACUGUAAAAUAAUUCCCUUCUCCCAUUCCUUGUCUGCCAUUCUGAAUAUGCUUAUUAAAAUAUUUUUUUAAACAUAUUUGCCUACAUAAUACUGUGUGAAUAUUUUCAUUCACUAAGAUUUUAUUAGAGAUUGUUUGAAUGAUGCAUGUUAUUGACAAUGCAAAUAUAUAUAUAUACACACACAGUCUGUUUCUUCGAUUCCUAGACAUAUUGCACUACUUUUUCAGUGGUUCUUGGUCCCCUUUACCGCAUCUUGGGUGAUGGAUGUUUGUCUUCUUCCCCUUUGCCACAAGAGAUCCUUUCAGUCCCUAGACCUCCAUUCACUCUGUUUCUCUUCUGCUGGAUUAUAUACUUUAAAAAUAAUUUGUUCCCUUAUUUUGUAGUGGAGUUCAUAUCACAUUAUGUUUUGCAAAAUAAAACUUGUUUUGUCACAAUAUUUUCUUUGCUAUCGAUGGAUAAUUAGGAGUGGGCACUUGGAAUAACUGAGGGCUGGUGAAUAUAAUAGGCAAUAUUUAUAUGUGUGCUGAUGACCCUAGGGGUGUGUAACUACCAAAUCAGAGAUAGUAAGGUUUUCCCAACUAUAAUCCAUAUUCAUGAAAAAUGCCAGUGUGGAAAACCAUGUAACAUACAGAAGAACAGGAGUUCCCAAAUUUUAACUUUUUAUUCUAAAAAUGACUUUCUUCUCUCAAAAUGACUUUUUCUGUAUCACAUAAUUCUACUGAUAGAACUUUUUACCCUAAAAAUUAACUCUCUUCUUUAAUAUCAAGUUCAUCCUUUGCAAAAUCUUAAAGGGUUUUCCACCCAUCCAUCCACCCACUUACAGACUGAUUUCAUCUAUCUGGCUAUCUGAUUAAUCUCUUUCUUUUCUAAUAGCACUUUUCCAUAAACUCUUGUAAUAUACCCUUAGUAUUGUGCUGAUCUUUUGACAACUAUACGGACGUGGAGUUUUUCCUUUUCUGAAUAUGAUUAUUUUUAAUUUCAGUUUGUCUUUAGUUUGUAUAAAGAAUUACAGAAUGUAGAAUGUAAUUAAAAUGUCAUUCUGCUUGCUCUUGAGUAAGAAGUAAUUUGAACACACUUUUAAAGGCUACUUAUUCUGUCAAGAAUAUCGAAGAAUUGCCAUGUAAACUGGAGAUGGAUUCUAAUUGUCCAAAUUGAUGGUGACAGUUUCACAUUUAAAUGUCAGUGAUGACAAGCUUUCAUUAUGUUUCCAUAUACUCUAAUAUCCAGCAAGUACUUCAGCCUAUACUUGGACCAGGUACUAUGCUUGCUUGGCUUGUGGCUUCAGAGAUGUGGCAUGCCCUAUUCUUCAAGAAGGCAGCAGAUAAGUGUUAAUGGUAGAAGUACAUUCUGAGUACAGAGACAGCAAAGAGAGGAAUAGGCACGAUCUCAAGAAAAUGAGUUUACCUUCCUCUUUGCCACAUAAGUCUCGCUAAAGAUUUUUCUUUUGUCAAACUUCGUAUUUGCUGGAAAUUAACCAACAUGAAAUGCAUGAUUUUCCCUAAGAAAUUUUGUCUUUUAAAAAAAUAUUUCCUGCAGAGCCGGUUCUACCAUAACAGCUGUGGAUUAUUUAGGACUCAUCCCUUUUUUCUUGUCAUUCACUGUCCCAUGAGCACUACUAUUAGGUGGAGAAUCUCCUGAUUUUCUGAAGUUUGUAAGAGGGGAGGCCUAAUACAAAUUUGGCCUGGUUAUAGAACAUUCACUUUUUGGUAUUCUCAUCGUUGUUAACAUGAAUGGUUGACUGAAUGUAGAGUUGGCUGUUUUUCUGCACACUGACUGGAAUUUGUAGAGUUCAGGUAGUUCUAAAAUAAAUGGUUUCACUCAGCAAAA